ACUGGUGUUUCAUGUGGAAAAAAUGAGAAACGUUGCUGCAGUGUUGCUUCUCUUUGCGUUUAUAUCCCGAGCUCAAACUCAAGAUCACGAUGAAGUUCAAACAGACAAAGUGACUGAAAAUAAGAAAUGUGAUCAACCUGAUGUAUUGGAGAAGCUAAAAGAGCUAAGAGAUGUCAUGGUGGAGCAGAAAGUUCAGGUGCAAAACCUUCAAAACCAGAUAGAACAACUUAAUAUUGAGAAUAACGCUUUGAAAAUGAGAUUGAUAUCUUCAGAAUAUGCUGUUGCAUCAAUAAAAGAAGAAAAUGCGAGCAGACCCAAAGUGGCCUUCCAAGCUGGAUCUGGAUACCAAGGGGAGCAUGGACCCUUUAACGCAGAUGUCAUUCUGGCCUUUAGCAAUGUCUUAACAAAUGUCGGAAAUGCUUACAGUCCAAACACAGGUGUUUUCAGAGCACCAGUUCGAGGCGUCUAUCACUUCUCAAUGAGUGUUUUUGGAUUAACUAACUGGAUCGGAGUGAAGUUUUUUAAAAAUGGGCAGUCAGUGUUUGCAAUGUAUGAUGCCCCCAGAGGAACACAUGAAACUGUGAGCAGAUCUGUCACUAUGUCACUGAAUUCGGGUGAUGAAGUUUAUUCAAAGCUUUCAGCUAAGAAUCAGAUUUAUGAUGAUGGAAACAUGUACAACUCAUUCAGUGGCUUUCUGCUUUUCCAAAUAUAAAGUCUGAAACUGACCAUGGCGAACAAUGUUGUAUCAGUCAGUGGCUGGUGGUCAGAACUGAGGCCCAUAAGUCUGUUAAAAGAGCCAGUAACAUUACACCAUUUUGUUCUUUAAAUAUUAGAUGGAAGGUAACAAAUGGUAAAAAAUCAUUCAUCAUUAUUCAUUUUAUUUACAGUAUGCAGGUUUUUGCUGCAUUUUUACUGUAUUUCAAAGUUUCUAAUGAUCACAAUUAAACCACUGUUUCUUGA